AUGUCGAGAAUCUUGUCAGGAAUCAUCGUUGUUGCUUGUGCCUUGUCCAUCUCAAUCGUCAAUUCUUCUACUCUUAAAAUUCUUGCUCCUUAUUACGGCUAUUAUUUAACAACUCAAAGUGUUCCUCUUGCAAUCACCACAUUGGGCUUGGCAUGCAUUUUACUCCAUAUACUGAUACCAUUGCGUCGUUUAUCCACUACUGACUGCACCAUCAAUCUUAUUGCUUUUGUUCCUGCCAUCAUCCUAUUUAUUCCUUUUUUUGCAAGAGUUACUGCCAUUCAAACAAGCGAUUUGGGUCCUCAUUGGAGUUCUCUAAUCUCUGCUAUUCCGUGCAUUCUUUCCAACAUUCUUGUAAUUCUAUGGAUUUUAAGUAGAUUCGGUAUCCUCAUGUAUACUGUGUUCAUGGUUAUUUCAAUUGGUUUCAAGUCUUUGAUCGCUGAUUGGAUUCUUCGUAUUUUCCAUUUAAAUACAUGUCACAGUCUAUCCAUUGCUGCCAUGUCAGUAUUCGUUAUUUCCACUGCUGCGCUUACUGGAUCAACCCAAUCCGUGUCAGUCACUCAUAUCUGGAAAAAGGGAAAAGUUGCUUGGAUUUUGAUGUUAAGCUCGCUUGUCAUGGGCUUGUAUGUCAAUCAUUACUCCAAUACAAUUCAACAAUGCGCUGAUUCGAGACUACCCAUCACAUCAUCUUUUUUACCAGAUUAUCGCGUAUUGGCACAUCAGGAAUCUAAUACUGGAUAUAUUGCCGUCGUGGAAGCCCCAACAGAAUACGGUCCAAUACGACUCUUGCGUUGCGAUCAUUCAAUUCUUGGUGGAAUAUUUCUUGAACACAACAGCGAUUCUAUUUUUGGUUCAUUUUACAUGCUCGACUUUGUUCGCUUUAUCAAGAGAUCUAAUGUAGACAACAACAGUGCUACCACUGCAUUACAGUUAGGACUCGGUAUUGGUGUAACAGUAUCCACUCUUUUGCGUGCUGGAAUUGCUGUAGAUAUUGUCGAGUUGGAUCCUGUAGUGUACGAUUAUGCCAAAUCGUAUUUCAAUCUCUCUACAUCUUGCUUGGCACAUAUUGGUGACGGUCGUCACUUUAUUGAUCACGUUGCUACUCCUGCAUCAUACGACUAUGUAUUGCAUGAUGUGUUUACUGGCGGUGUCGUUCCUGGUAAUUUAUUCACCAUCGAAGCCGUCACUGCCAUCAAGCGUAUUCUCAAACCCAAUGGAAUCAUGGCUUUGAAUUAUGUCGGAAGUAUUCAAGGAAAUGCUACACAAGCAGUCCUUGCAACAUUGCUCGCUGUAUUUCCUCAUAUUCAAGGUUAUGUUGAAAGUCGCGAAGCUAUGGAGGUGUCGGAUGCCAUGUACAAUAUGGUGUUGUUUGCAUCUCAAACUCCGAUUGAAUUCAGCGAAGCAACUGCACAAGAUAUGCAGGUAGGUGGCAUUUAUGCUCAGAUGCUCGCCAGGUUUAAGCAGUUGAGACUUCCAGAUACCAUGGUCAACAAAAAGGAUGAUCUCAAGGCAAUCACCGAUCGAUAUAAUCCACUUGCUACACUUCAAGCAGAUUCUGCUCUUCAACACUGGAAAGUAAUGCGUCAAUUGUUUUCCGUAAAGUUUUGGGCAACAAUGUUUUAA